AUGUCUGGAUAUUAUCAUCAACGACCCUUUGAUGAAGAGCUAAAUACUUCUUUUUCUUCGAGCGAGCCUUCAUACCCUUCUGGAGAGAUGCAUUCUGGAGACGCUGGUGAAGAAAGACAAUCUGGAGACGGGCAUUUCGGUGCUAACGACGGAAUCAAUGAUUAUUUAAAUAGAAUGGAGAAUGCCCAAUAUCUAGCUCACAAUGGCCAAGCAGAUGAACUUAAUUUGUUUGGAGAUGCUUUUAAUUCUUUAGGUGACUCUUUGGCAACCGCUUUCAGCUCUUAUCAACCAAGUCUACUGCGUCAGCAGCAGCAACCACCUUUAAUACCAUCAAAUACCAUUACCCCUACGUAUUAUACUCCUUCUUCUAUUCCAUCAUCAGCAUCCGGACAUUCUCCAUUAUAUAUGGAACAAAAAAGUUGUGGAUCACAACAAUUAAAGAAAGAAUUUUUAGAAUUCAAUAAUGACGAAUUACAAAAAUUUAAACGUCAUAAAACAAAUAAUCAUACUAGUCAUAGCACUCAAUCCUUACCGGUACUAACCGCAGUAUCUUCAUCAGCAUCUUUAGGGACUUUGUCAAAUCCUCCAAUUAAAGGGAAACCUUUGAAAAAUUUCAUCACAAAACCAUGUACUUUCCAAGCACUACCCAAGAAGGAGCUGGUUCCCUUUGAUAGGUUCCCAUCUAUGGAUAAAGUUGAAAUUAAUUAUUUAUUAACUCAAAUACAUAUAAACCCGCCCGAUUUAGAAGAGGAAUUCCCCCUAUUUUUCUAUACUGUGUUAUCGUUAUCAUCAUUUUAUCUACGGUGUAAUGCAAUUAAAAGUUUUGAAGGUUUUAAUUUAAAUAAUCGGGAUUAUUUUGUUAAACUAAGAUCUAAAAUUCACGAUUUUGCAGUUAGAUACUACAGUAUUGCAAUUAGUGAAUUGAGAAAAUUAAUAUUAAAAGAAAAUUAUAAUGCAUCAGUGGCUAUUUAUGUGUCAUCGUAUUUGAAUAAAAUAUCAAUCUAUGAAUAUCCUGAUCUUAAUCAUUCAAUUGCAUUUUCUAAAGGUACUGCUGGAAUAUUCAAUGAUAGCAUAUCUAAUAAUUCUAAAAAAGAUGAUAUCUCAUGGACACUUAAUUUUUUAAUUUUUGCAUCCAAAUCCAUUUAUUUCCCUAGUUAUUCAAGUGGAGUCUUGCUUGAAAUCUCAAAAUUUUUAGGUAAAUUCGGAACGAUUCUAAAAAAUCACACUCAAAAUGACCAAUUAAUUUUCCAGUAUAAUCAUUUAUUCAAUUAUUUACAUAAUUUAAUCAAUUUAAUUAAUAAAAAAUCAGUUUCUACAAUAAGGGAAGAUCCAAGAAUAUUAUAUGACAUAUUGAGAAAAUUUAUGUUGAUAAUGCCACCGAAAUUGUUCAUAGCAAAACAUCUAAAAGAUAAAUUUGAACAAAUAUUAAUGAAUUUUUAUGAUUUAUUGGCUAGGGUUCUAGAUAAUAUCUUUCCAAAUACUAAAUUUUUCUUCUUGCAAGGAUUUAAAGGUGGAAUAAGCCUUUGGUAUGAUCCAAAUUAUCAAGUAGGUAAAGACUUUUUAUUUGAUUCAUUAUUUUCACUCCCCAGUUAUUAUCAUGAUUUGAAAAAAAUUCAAGAAUAUUGUGUUCGUGUUUCGACUUUUUUCCAAAAAAGAUAUAAUAUUUUAUCAGUUUUCUUUGGCGAUCAAAAUUUACUUACUGAGAAUGAUGAUGACUUCUUUAGUCCUAAAGAAGUUAGUAACCAAGUUAAUGAAGUUAUGAUUGAUAAUUUCGAAGGAUCAAUUAUAAAUUACACUAAUUAUAUUCAUUUGCCUUGCACAAUUAAAUUGAACAGAAAUGAUCUUAGAAAUAGUAAGCAUUUGAGUAAAUUUGCAAAUGAAAUAAAGUUAUAUAAUUAUAAUCAUCAUCAUUAUGAUUUUUUCAAAAACUAUUAUCUAAUAACUUCUACAAAUGAUACUGAUAAAACCAAUGAAAAAGAGUCAACCGAUUCGAUAUUGAGAGCUCACAUGAAUAAUUUAACGACAAACUCAACUCAAAAAUUAUUAAUAGAUCAAGUUAAAUCAGUUGAUAUCCCAGUAACGGUUGAUUCUCCACAGGUUUCUCAAAAUCCUUAUGAUAGCACUAAUUCAUUAGCUGAACCCAACACUGUCAGCUAUUACUUGGUAUUGAACGAACAAAAUGCAAGUGAGUUCACGGACCUUAUCAAUAGGGAUUAUCAUCGGAUUAUACUUACUGGAAAUAAAGUCCAGACUACAAACGGUGCAGCACUAAACACUUUCAGGGGAUUAAAUACCCAUGAUAAAGAUCCAUUAACCUUUGUUAGACCAAGUUUACUCUUGAAAAAAAGAGAAAGAAGUCAAGGAAUUAAUCGAGCUAAAGUUGUUGAAUUCCAUGAAAUGAGAAAUAAAUUGUUAGAGGAAAUAGGAAUAGAAUGGAUAAUUAAUCAACAAGAUGAAGACUUUUUCCAGGAAGAUAAUUUUUAUGAUGAUAUGAAUAAUGAUUUUUAUAAUAGAUAG